AUGGUUAAGGCCAAAGUAUUUGCAAUAUCCAAUGGUAACGAAAUGAUGAGGUUACAACUAAGCAAACCUUGCGAUAACUUAUUCAUGAAUCCUAUUUUGACCAAUCUGGUCAACCUUACAAGGAACUGUGUCGUUAAGAAGGGACACUACAAGUUUUCAUUAAAUUACGAAGAGAUUCUUCGAGCAUAUUAUGGCGGAUUGCAUUUGUAUGGUUUAUAUACAUUUAAAUCUAUUCUUUAUGGAGACCAAUGUAAUUUUUCUUGCACUAUUAUUGAAGUUCAGAUUUCACGCACAUAA